AUGUACAAUCUAAUUGUUCCUGGUGUUAAACUCACAAAAUAUGAGUCUAGUGUAAAGGUUGACAAGACAUACUAUAGAAAAAUUAUAGGAAACCUUAUGUAUCUAACAUUUACUCGACCCGAUAUGAUGUUUGUGGUGAAUCUAAUUAGUAGGUAUAUGGAGAAUCCUACUGAACUACAUUUACAAAUGGCCAAAAGGGUGUUAAGAUAUUUAAGAGGAACAGUUGAGUUUGGAAUCUUUUACAUUAAGGAAGGAAACAAUGAGCUUGUGACUUACAUUGACAACGAUUAUGUAGAGGACUUGGAUGAUAAGAAAAGUACUUCGGGUUAUAUUUUCUUGUUGAGUUCAUGUGUUGUUUCUUGGCCAUCGAGAAAACAACCAAUGGCGAGUCUAUCAUACACAAAAGCAAAGUUUAUAGGUGCAAUUUCAUGUGCAUGUCAAGUCAUAUGGGUGAAAAAAGUGUAA